AUCGAGCAAAUCAAAAUGUCGGCAGCAUUUUUUAUCGCUUGUGCUCUUGGACUUUCAGUUAGAUUGUCGCUUUAUAAGUCAUCUGUGUGUGAGUGGAUGGCUUCCAGACCAGAGGUGAUUACCCCAAGUACAUCAUGGAAUCGAGUAACUGAAGGUAUGGCUCUUAGAAAGAUGGGUGUGUCACCUUAUGACGGAGAUAUUCUACAUCAAACUCCUCUCAUGAUGAGAUUUCUGGAGAGGUUGAGUUCAACAUUUGGAGAGAAGUCCAUCCACAUUCCUUUUAUCUCAUGUGACAUUCUCACUGCUGUAGUGCUGCAUGCAACUGCCAGAGCUCUCAUCAAGUAUAUAAUGCAUAACCAGCCACAGAAAGAAUCAGAAUUAAAACUACAAACCAAAGAUUUUAGACUCACUGGCCUUAUUGUAGCUGUUGCGUAUCUGUUUAAUCCAUAUACCAUAGCAACAUGUUUAGCCAAGUCAACAUCUGUGUUUGACAAUCUUCUGUUAGCCACAGCUCUUCUCUUCACCGUGAAAGGAAAGAGAAGCAUGGCAACACUGUUUAUAGCAGCAUCAGCCUAUCAGACACUCUACCCAAUCAUGUUAGUAGUACCAGCAGCCAUGUUAUUUGCUCAAAAAGACAGCAACACAAAGGGCAAUGAUAAAAAGAGCCCUGUUGUGUCAUACAUGAAGACUGCGUAUAUAUUUGUGAUCUGGUUGGCAGCUCUUCCCUUCCUGUCUCAUUAUCUUGAACGCUCCAGCUGGGCGUUUAUACGUAGCACUUAUGGUUUUAUAUUAACAGUCCCAGACUUGACACCAAAUAUUGGGGUGUUUUGGUACUUCUUCACAGAGAUGUUUGAACAUUUCCGCCUCUUCUUCAUCUGUGUUUUCCAGAUCAAUGCAUUCCUUUAUACAGUACCUCUAGCUAUUAGACUACAGAAACAUCCAGUAUUUUUCCUAUAUAUUCUGCUCCCAAUAAUAGCCGUGUUCAAGUCCUACCCCUCAUACGCUGACACAAUAAUAUACAUAGCUCUACUUCCAGUAUGGGCACACACUUAUAAAUAUAUGCGCAACACAUUUGUCGUAACUGUGAUGUACAUAGUGUGUUCAGUGGUUGCACCUAUAUUGUGGCAUCUCUGGAUCUACGCAGGCAGUGCAAAUGCCAAUUUCUAUUUUGCAAUCACUUUAGUCUACUCUACAGCUCAAAUAUUCCUGAUGACAGAUCUAUUGUUUGCCUUUCUUAGGCGGGACUAUGAUGUCAUACAUGGCACCAAUCAGCUUCAAGCAGAUGGAAAACCUGCAAAAAUUAUCCUCGAUUGAAAGCUCAGUUUAACAAGUCAGAUUCUGUGUAAUUCACGAAACAAGAUAUACAAGAUAAAGGAAAAGGCAUUGUGCAAUUGCAAGCAAAUUGAUAGAUUCAGCAACGGGUUCAUGUGUCUGCAAGUUUAUUAGAACAAUGUGAUACAUUUGAACAAGAGAAGCAUGGCAGUCUAGUAAAUAUAGAUUGUACAGAAGUGCAACUAUUGGAUGUACUUAACAGUGCCUAUGAUGUGUGACCAAGGUGCAUGCUGGUUAACUGAAUAGUGCAUAACUGAGGCACUUGGGAAGCGUCCUCUUGUAAUGAAAAUGGAUACCUGAGAAGUGAUACUUUGUAAUUGUGUGAC